GCGAUGCACGGCAAAACAAAAACUAGUUGUUAAUAAUUGACGUGAUAUAUAGGGUUUGGCAAUGAUGGCCAUCCAAGCCUACUCGGAUCGCUUGCAUCCAAAGCCUUGUGGGAAGCCAAGCUGCGAUUUAAAGGGUGGGGUAGCAUUGAUGUUGUAUGCUUCAUUGAGUGUGUUGGCGUUAGGUGCAGGAGGGAUUGAAGGGUCUCUUCCUGCCCUCGGUGGAGACCAAUUUGACCAGAAAGAUCCCAAGGAAGCAAAGGCCCUGUCUGCCUUCUUCAACUGGCUCUUGUUGAGUACGGUACUUGGUUCUGCUGUUGGAGUCACAGGCAUCGUCUGGAUCAGCACUAAAAAGAGCUGGUAUUGGGGUUUCUUCAUAUCAACUGUGGGUACCUUUCUUGGUUUUGUUGUCUUAACACUGGGCAAGCGUGCCUUCCGGCUUGAUGUACCCACGGAGAGUCCACUCAUAAGGAUUGCUCAGGUGAUAGUUGUGGCUAUUAAGAAUAGACACUUACCACUACCAGAGAACCCAGAUGAACUAUAUGAGAUCAAGGAAGAGGGACAGGAUUGUGGUGAGGAAAAAAUCAGGAAUACUACCCAAUUCAGGUGGUUAGACAAAGCAGCAAUUCUUCCAAAUGACACAACUAGUCCAGCACCAUGGAAAGUAUGCACGGUGACCCAAGUAGAAGAAGUGAAGGUUCUAACCAGAAUGUUGCCAAUUCUAGGCAGCACCAUCAUAAUGAAUACAUGUCUGGCACAGCUGCAGACCUUCUCUGUAGAACAGGGCAAUUUCAUGGAUAGGCAACUUGGUAAUAUUAAGAUUCCUGCUCCCUCAAUUGCGGUCAUCCCACUGAUCUUCAUGGUCUUUCUCAUUCCCACCUACGAGUUUGUUUUCGUCCCUUUUGCCAGAAAGAUAACUCACCAUCGAUCUGGUAUCACACAACUUCAAAGAGUGGGGGUGGGACUGGUUCUGUCAGCCAUUUCAAUGGUCGUGGCCGGUGUUGUUGAGGUGAAAAGAAAGAACCAAGCUCACAAUCACAAGGACAUAACCAAGCCCAUAAGUGUCUUCUGGCUCUCCUUCCAGUAUGGGAUUUUUGGAAUUGCAGACAUGUUCACUCUGGUGGGACUAUUGGAAUUCUUCUACAGGGAAGCUCCGGUACACAUGAAAUCACUGUCCACCUCGUUUACCUCGCUCUCGCUGUCCUUCGGGUACUUUUUGAGCAGUGCAUUUGUGAGCAUCACAAACGCCGUCACCAAGAGAAUAACUCCAAGCAAACAAGGUUGGUUGCAAGGAAUUAACAUAAACGAGAACAAUGUCGAUCUCUUCUACUGGUUUCUGGCAGUUCUUAGUUGCCUUAACUUUGCAAAUUAUCUCUACUGGGCAUCUUGGUACAAGUACAAGACCGAGGAAGAGAACGACAUAGUCCCUAAGGAAACUGAAGCAGCAGCGAAGACAAAUGAAGUUCCUACUUCUGAUAACAUUAACACACAGGAUACUAAAGACAUAUGAUAGACAGAGGAAGAGAGUGGUCCUAAGGAGGAGAUUGAACACAAAUGAACCUUCUAAUCUUAC